AGGUCGAUAUUACAUAAGUUUUACACUGAUCCAACACUUCCGGGUAGUCGUGCGCAUAGCAAUGAGGAAUAUGCAACAUUAAAUUGAAGCAUAAUAGAGUGGUAUAUGCUAAAAUCAAUGAUGAAAAAGUGGCAGGAUAGUGUUAUCUGUAUGACACGGCGUAACGUGGAAGAAAAAGCAGAUGGAGUGACGUUAUCAUGGGAUAAUAUUAAUGUUCAUGUUAAACCAAAACGUCGUAUAUGCUGCAGACGACAAGACUCGAUAGACCCUCCAAACCAAAUUCUGAAAAAUGUUUAUGGAAGCAUAAAGCCAGGAACGCUACUUGCUAUCAUUGGGGCGAGUGGUUCUGGAAAGACAACUUUGCUGAAUACCCUGACAACAAGGGUGGACACAAACUCUCUAUCAAUCACAGGUGAUAUCAGAGUCAAUGGAAAAGUUGCUGGUACAAAUAUAAGAGAUAUUUCUGCAUACGUUCGUCAGGACGACAUGUUUAUUGCCACAAUGACAGUAAAGGAACAUCUCACAUUUAGGGCCUUACUAAGGAUGGAUAGAACUUUGUCGAAGGAUAAAAGGCUGGCUCGAGUACAAGAAGUUAUUCAUGAACUUGGUCUGCAGAAAUGUAUGAAUAACAUGAUUGGGGAUCCUGGCCGAAUAAAAGGGAUAUCUGGAGGAGAAAUGAGGCGACUCUCCUUUGCUUCAGAGAUACUAAAUGAUCCACCACUAUUAUUUUGUGAUGAACCAACAUCUGGACUUGAUUCAUUCAUGGCUGAAAGCAUCGUUCAAAAUCUGAGAUCUAUGACAAACAAAGGAAAAACGGUUAUGUGUACAAUUCACCAGCCUUCCUCGGAAGUUUUCUUUUUAUUCAACCAAAUUCUUAUAAUGGCUGAAGGAAGAGUCGCAUUUCUCGGAGGUAUAAAUGAUGCCCUCAACUUUUUCUCAAGUGUCGGUAAGCCCUGCCCACAGAAUUACAACCCUUGUGAUUUCUUUAUAGCGUCUAUGGCUGUGGUACCUGGUAAUGAAGCUGAAUGCAGAAGCAAUGUAAAGACAAUAUGUGAUGAAUUUGAAAAGACGACAAAUGCCAUCGAAAUGAAAAAUGAAAAUCAUCCAAAGGAAAUAAACAGUUCCUCCAGAAGUUCACUACUCGUCUCAGAAAGCUCGGAUAGAUAUGGGUCACCUUGGUAUGAACAAUUUGCGGCAGUUUUAACACGAUCAUGGAAGACAACUCUAAGAGAACCUAUGGUUAUGAGAGUAAGACUAGUUCAGACAAUCGUAUUAUCCAUAGUUCUCGGGCUGAUCUAUCUCCAGUUAAACCACGACCAAGAAGGUGUUAUGAACAUCAAUGGGGUCAUAUUUCUUAUACUUAUAAAUAUGACUGUUACAAAUAUGCUUGGUGUACUAAAUUCUUUCCCUUUAGAGACACCAAUAUUCAAACGAGAGUACGGCAUUGGGCUGUACAGGGUGGACAUUUACUUUAUUAGCAAGACUCUAGCAGAGCUGCCUUCAUACUUAAUCAUUCCAGUUAUCUUCUCAGCUAUUGCAUACUGGAUGAUUGGGUUAUACAAUACACUGGAAGCAUUUCUUGUGUUUACUGCCGUGAUUGUGCUUGUUUCAAAUAUAUCAGUUUCAUUUGGCUAUAUAGUGUCGGCGGGUACUAACUCCGUGACCACAGCAUUGGCAAUUGCUCCACCAACACUUAUUCCACUAGUAAUGUUUGGUGGAUUUUUCUUAAAUUCAGAUUCCGUCCCAGUUUAUUUUAUUUGGCUGGAAUAUUUAUCAUGGUUCAAAUAUUCAAAUGAGCUACUUAUGGUAAACCAGUGGGAUGAUGUUGACAUGUUAUCUUGUGAUAGUAACAGUACAUCUCCUGUUGACAGCUGUCAUUUUCACAACGGAAAGCAAGUUAUACUGUAUCUAAAUUACAGCAAGGACAAUCUGUGGUUUAAUAUCGGUCUGCUGCUAGCAAUGCUGAUUGUUUACAGAAUAAUAGCCUUCAUACUUUUACUUGUGAAGGCAAGGAGCUCUAAAACCUAGACAGUGUUAUGCGACCUGUUGCUUUUAUUGCUUUAUUUAUGGCAACAAGAAACUCUUUCUAUGAAUUCUUUUUUGUUUUUAAUGUAAUUUAGUUUUGGUUAUGUUGUGUGUAGAGUAGCAAAGAAGCUUUAGAAAUCUACAGUGCUGUCUACUGACGGUGAAAAGAAUGAACAAAAUUAAUUAUCAUUUUUUAUUGUAUUUGUUUUGUGUCAAUAAUAGUUACAAGAUCAUCCUCUGUAAAUAUUAACUCAUAUGUGCUGUUUCUUAUCGUUUUUGUCGAAAAAUCAGAAGAGUAAUUGUUUCGGCAAUUAGAUUGAGCGUUACAAUUAGCACUAUGAACAUUACACGAUACACCUUUCAGUCAUUAUAUCAAAAUAAGAUGGUUUCUUAUCAAGAAGUGGCUAAAUCACUACACUGAAAGGAUACAGAACAAGUGCAUCAUAUUUUUCUUGCAUAAUUUUAUUCAAUUCUAAACAAUGUUAAAAGUAAAUUACAUACAAGAACUGGAUUACUAAGCAAUAAUAAUAACGUUACUGAUAACAACUAAAGUCAUAAACGGUUCAUGUUUCGAACUCUUAUCGUAAACGACUUCCACCACUGGCUAUAACAACCGUCCAUAUCCUUCUCAUAUACCCGCAUAGUUUCGUAGAAGGUUACGUAAAAAUCCUGUUACACCCACGCGAAUAGCUGCUGGCAAUUACUGUAUGAUUUGUGGCUGAAUUUGUUUGACGUUUACGUACACAUUGACUGAUAAACAGUUAUUAAAGUAAUGUUUAUUUCGACGUUUUAUACCCGUCAACAUUGAAUAAAUUAAAUUGCAACUCGUUAUUUAAACGACGAUAUUCCAACGAUCGUGGGCAUGGUAACGAAUCCAUAAAAAGACGUUUUUGACAGUGACGUUUUUUUUAGAACGACAGCGCGGUAUGGUCUGAAGAAUUAUUUGCCUCGCUCUUAUAAACACUUUUGAUAUAGUGUAAAGGUUUACCGCCACGAUACGAUUACCGACCACUAAAUCAGAAGUUGAUUCUGCCACAUAAAUGAAAAUUAACGUUUGUAAUUAUAGUGCCUAAUGGCUUUCAACCGAGACGCACUUGAUCGUGACCUAUCAAUAAAUGUUCCUGUGUCUCCUCCACGUCGAACGAGUCGCUUUAUUAUUGAUCGUGCAACAUUUAAACUUUUUGCCAUCUGAUUUGUACAAGGUUCACAUUCGAACAUGGUUAAAUCGCAAGGUCUGUCUUUUACUUUUUUAGCCACUACAUCAUUGGUUAUCUCUUCUUUUCGGCAGAUUUAUGACAUACAGGUUGUGUUUUGACUUACACAUGUACGCGAGUAAUUUUACAAAAUGAAACUGCGCGGAAUUAGUGCACAGAGCGCAUGAAAAAUUCGUAGCGGUGGCUUUGGUUUGUACCAGUAAUAAUCAUUAUUUUACUGUUACUUGGUACCAUGAUAUAAACAGUUUGGCUGGGUUUGCAUGCUCAAAAGCGGUAGUUCGGGGUGAAGUGUUUCUUUGUCCAGUCAGUGCAAAAUUGAAAACGUCCUCUGAUGCAACACUGUAGUUACUAGAGAUGUAUGAUUCUUAUCAACUUGUCAGAGUCGAUUCAUGACGCAUCGUUAACUUAUAUUAUCUUA